AUGAAGAAGAUCCCGGUGCUUCUCAUGGGCUGUGGAGGUGUUGGCCGUCACCUUCUUCAACACAUCGUCUCUUGUCGAUCGCUUCACGCCAAAAUGGGAGUUCAUUUACGUGUGAUUGGAGUAUGUGACAGUAAAUCCUUAGUUGUUCCAGCUGAUGUGCUCAAUGAAGAACUGAAUGAUAAAUUCUUGUCAGAAGUUUGCCGUAUCAAAUCGACUGGUUCUCCAUUAUCGACGUUUGGUGCUUUAGAAAAAGGUGAAUUUAGAGUGUUCAAUGGUUCCGAGUCAAGAAAGAAAGCAGAAGAAAUUGCAGAACUUCUGGGAAAAUCUACAGGCUUAGCUGUUGUGGAUUGCUCUGCCACAAUGGAAACGAUUGAAUUAUUGAUGAAGGCAGUCGACUUGGGUUGCUCUGUUGUCUUGGCAAAUAAGAAGCCUCUUACUUCAACACUGGAACAUUACGAUAAAUUGGUUUUGCAUCUGCGACGAAUCCGCCACGAAUCUACUGUUGGUGCUGGUCUUCCUGUCAUCGCAUCUUUGAACCGUAUAAUUUCAUCUGGAGAUCCUGUUCAUAGGAUUGUUGGUAGUUUGAGCGGUACCUUGGGGUAUGUAAUGAGUGAACUUGAAGAUGGCAAGCCUCUAAGCCAAGUUGUUCAAGCCGCUAAAACACUGGGGUACACUGAACCAGAUCCACGCGAUGACCUCAGUGGCAUGGAUGUUGCUAGAAAGGCUUUGAUUCUUGCUCGGCUCCUUGGGAAGAGAUUAAUUAUGGAUAGCAUAAAGAUAGAGAGCUUGUACCCUGAGGUGAUGGGGCCUGGACUCAUGUCCGUGGAUGAUUUCCUCCAAAAUGGAAUAGUAAAACUUGAUCAGAACAUUGAGGAGAGAGUUAAAAGAGCUUCAUCAAACGGGUGUGUGCUUCGUUAUGUCUGUGUGAUUGAGGACUCAAGCGUUCAAGUUGGUAUUCGAGAAGUUCCAAAAGAUUCGCCAUUGGGACGACUAAGAGGCAGUGACAAUAUAGUAGAGAUAUAUAGCCGCUGCUACAAAGAGCAGCCUUUGGUGAUUCAAGGUGCUGGAGCCGGGAACGACACGACUGCAGCCGGUGUUCUUGCAGACAUCAUCGACUUGCAGGAUCUUUUUCCUUGA